UCCGCUAUUACGGUGGAUGUACCAGCUACAGAGAGAGAGUGAAUAAACUGGACAUUUCUUUCCCAAUUGGUCAUUAUAAUCGGAUAAUCCAAUUGGCCGUUAACAUAUAAUAAAGUUAUCCAGUAAUACCUUUAUUAUAGGCCACGGAUGUGGAGAUAAAAAAUUAUUAGCUGGAAAUUGAAGUCUCAAUCAUUUCAUAUUUCCCUAAGAGGAUUUACCAGAAGUCGUAUUGCAGAAAUAAGAAUAUUUACAUUAAAUUGUUUGGAGCGGAGUUUUAUUCUGACUGCACGAAAUGUCGGAAAAACACGGAGGUUACCAAGGUCUGGAGGACACCAAUCGCCAGGCCAUGUCUCAACCCAUGCAGCAAAUGCAGCCCCCUCCUUACCUCCCCUCCCAGGAACUUAACAUGGGCCAACAACACUCCAACAUGCAACACUCCAACAUGCAACACUCCAACAUGCAGCACCCCAACAUGGCCCCUCAGGCCGGCUGUGGCCCCCAGCCCAACUACCCCCCUCCACCCCCGCCCCCUGGCUCCGAUGGCUACCAGGAGACCCAGUUCCACAAUGGCUCCUACGGACACCCAGGGGCCCCACAGGGCUACACAGUCCAGACCCAGGGACCAGGAGGGGGGGUCCCACAUGCCCCCGUGGGGUACUUUCAACCAGGAUACCCUCUCCAGUUGCAGCCCUGCACAGCCUACGUUCCUGUCUACCCCGUGGCGUCGGGGCAGCCCUACCAGGGGAUGCCCCAGGGCCAGAUGGGCAUGCAGAUGCCCCAUGGCAUCGCCCUGAUGGAGCCACGGCGCCCGCCUCACGACUACCUGCCAAUCGCUGUGCUCACCACCGUUUGCUGCUUCUGGCCAACAGGAAUCAUAGCCAUCAUCAAGGCAGUACAGGUGCGUACGGCGGUGGCCAGGGGGGACAUGGUGAUGGCAGAGAUAGCGUCMCGCGAGGCGCGUAACUUCUCCUUCAUCAGCCUGGCGGUGGGCAUUGCCUCCAUCGUUCUGUGUACCAUCCUCACCGUGGUAGUCAUCAUUGCCUCCCAACACCAUGACGACGACUGGGAACCCUAAUACAUAACGYAGUGUGGCAUCAUGGGAUAUGUAGUUUUGGGUGGAGAUAGAAGAAUAUGGGCACUGAAAUGCACACUCUGAUACUGGUAUGUUAUAUUGGAGGUAUAUAUGUGUAUAUAUGCACCCUGUGUACUGUAUAUACAGUUCUGACCUACUGACUACUAACAGGCUGAGAAACAAUCACAGCUAAUAUUCAAAUGUCAAAACAAAUAGGUGCCCAUUAUGGGCCAGUAUUACUUACCACUGUAACCAUUUAUAUUCAGAUAAAGUAGUACUCCAUAGCGCUUAUGGGGGAAAACAGAGUACAUGCACAGAGGAAUUGAAUGGCAAUUCCACCACUUUUCAACCUAAUUUUCAUGAUCUCCUGCACAAUACUAGUGUCAUAUGUGAAAACAGUGCCUGACGUCAUCAAAAGUUAAAACCUCAGUGACGCGAGGAGUAAGAAAAUAUUCUCCAUCUGGCUAGAAACUCAUUGCAGUUUACUUUUAAUCCUAGCUUGUGAUGUCACAGAAAAGCAUUUUUUUUAGGACUAUUCUUCUUCUUUUUUUAACCCACAGAUCAUAGAAACGCAGAAUUUUCACGUAUAUAGACACUGGUAUGAUGCUGGAGAUAAUGAAAAUGAGGUUGAAAAGUGGUGGAAUUGCCCUUUAACUGUGAAUUAUUUAUGAAUUACUGAUUAAUUUAUGGUCCCCUCCAACCUAGGUAGACCAAACCAUGGGUCACACUGUAUCACAAAUCUGUCAAAUAGAUCACAAAUCAUAACUGAAAUUACUUCCCAAUAUAAUUAGUAUUUUAUGAAGAGAUUGUUUUGAAUUACUUCAAAAAUAAAUACUUUUAUUGAAUUGUGUUUGUAGUCAUGUAUAGUUUUUGAUUUAUUAGGAUUUUCAGAAACAUGAGCCAUCUAGUGAUAGUAUAUUUUAUAUUUAUUUAAAGGAUAGAAUAAAUUACAGUAUAACAGACUGCCAAACAUUGCCAUUUAUUUUACACACAAUCAAAUGGAAAGUAAAUCAAGUCAUGAUAUAGUUUACUAAUUAUGAGAUCAAACUAUGAAAAAGAUGAAGAAAUAUUGAGAUUUUUCUUUUGAGAUGAAUGACAUCUCUAUUUAAAGUUGUGUCGAUGGAGAGAUACACCAUAGGAUGUACUGUGUCAGUGUCCCGCCUUUUUUUUGUGUGGCUGAUAUGGACUUGGUUGUUGACAAAUUGUUUGUUGCAUAAGACUGUUUAAUACUUGUUCACUUUAUUUAUGUAUGUAUUCAUAUUUUGUUGCAUAAGACUGUUUAAUACUUGUUCACUUUAUYUAUGUAUGUAUUUAUCUAUAUUAUAAUUUAUUCAUUUGUUUAUUUAUAUAAUAUAUUUUUUCAUAGCUUUUU